AAAAGGUGUUGUGCAGUCCUAAUGAAAGUUAAAAAUGGAGGGAAAAUAAACCCUAAUAAUCGGGCAAACUCAAAAUCGUGGUCCACGACUCCAUGCAACUUCCAUCAAAUCAAAUUCAACACACACAUCAUUGUUUCAUUCUCUUCACGUUCCACACUCCAUGGCGAGGCUACUUCGAAACGCCAACACUUUUCUCUUCAACCGUUCUUUCUUCAACCACGCCCUUCCAACGCGCUUUUGCUUUAAACAUGGAGUAUUGGGCACAUCUCAAAAUUUGAGCUUUUCAACUUGUAAAGGUAAGAAGCGCUCUAAAUCAGAUGGGAGUGACUCAAAUGAAGAGAACAUGUCUAAGAAAGAUUUGGCCUUACAACAAGCCAUGGAUCAGAUCACGUCUACAUUUGGAAAGGGAUCUAUCAUGUGGCUUGGUCGUUCUGUCACACCCAAAAAUGUACCUGUGGUGUCAACAGGUUCUUUUGCUCUUGAUAUAGCGCUAGGGAUCUUUGGUCUUCCAAAGGGACGUGUUGUGGAAAUAUUCGGUCCAGAGGCUUCUGGAAAAACAACUCUUGCUUUGCAUGUGAUUGCAGAGGCACAAAAACUAGGAGGCUACUGUGCCUUUAUUGAUGCUGAGCAUGCACUUGACAAGACACUUGCCGAGUCUAUUGGUGUAAAUACUGAGAACUUACUUCUCUCACAGCCAGAUUGUGGUGAGCAGGCACUUAGCCUCGUAGAUACCUUAAUUCGGAGUGGUUCACUUGAUGUAAUUGUCGUCGAUAGCGUAAGUGUGGCUGCUCUUGUUCCUAAAGGCGAGCUUGACGGUGAGAUGGGUGAUGCUCACAUGGCAAUGCAAGCUAGGCUGAUGAGCCAGGCUCUUCGGAAACUGUGCCACUCCUUAUCACUUUCACAGUGUAUAUUGAUUUUUAUAAACCAGGUAAGGUCAAAGAUUUCUACGUUUGGGGGAUUCGGCGGGCCUACUGAAGUUACUUGUGGUGGCAAUGCAUUGAAGUUCUAUUCUUCUGUGAGGCUAAAUAUCAAAAGAAUAGGGUUUAUCAAGAAGGGUGAAGAGACUUUAGGAAGCCAGAUUCUUGUCAAAGUUGUGAAGAACAAACAUGCCCCUCCAUUUAAAACCGCACAGUUUGAGCUCGAGUUUGGCAAGGGGAUAUGCAAAGAAGCAGAGGUCAUAGAGUUGAGCAUAAAACACAAACUCAUAAAAAAGAGCGGUUCUUUUUACGAAUAUAAUGGCAAGAAUUUCCAUGGCAAGGAUGCUCUAAAAAAACACCUGAUCAACAGCGAUGGCUUGCAAGAAUUAACAACAAAGCUUAGGGAAAAGCUUCUCAAUGCUGAGACGGAAACAGUUUCAGAAUCCGAGGUGAUGGUUGAAGAAAUUUUAUCAUCUGAUUCUACUGAUGAAGAAGCUGUUGUGGGAGAACCUUGAAUUUAUGCAUAACCUUAAAAAAAAGUUUUCUUCACACUCGCAAGGGCGUGAGAGUAAUCUUCAAUCAAAGUAACUACUAUGAGUUAUGGUUGAGGAAUUGAUCAUAAUUAAUGCACUCAAAUGAAGGUGGCUCUAAAAUGCAACUGGUGCUUCCUAUGCUUGUUUGGAUUUUUCCUUACAGUGACGUGGCACAUUGCCUUUGUAAAUUAGAUUUUUUUUGGUAAUUUUAUGAUGGACAUGAGUCAUGUGGCAUUCGAAAGUUUUGUGGAUGAGGAGGAAUCAAGUUUUGUGACUAUAUAGUUAGAAAUUAAUUACAAGCUGGAUUAUAUUGGUACACAUGUGUCUCAGUGUGUUUGAUUGAACUGGGGACAGCUGCUACCGUGAGUUCAUAGCUCUUCCACUGGAAUGUUUAGAAGCGCUUUCUGUUUGGCCGUGCUUUUCCAAACUUUGCUUGCUUGCAAUUAUCGAGUUUUGACAGUUAUGGUAGUGUAUUUUGAUGGAAUGUUUUGGCAGGAUGGUAGUGUAUUUUGAUGGAUCAUUUUAUAUACAAUCUGUGAACUCAAUUCAAUCCAUAAAUGAUUGGGUUGGUUCAAGCCGGUUUCGAUUGUGAUAUUGUGGGUUGGAGAAUGAACCAAAUCUAAUAAAGUUUGGGAAAUUUCUUUUUUCA